AAAUGACCCUCCACAUCGCCAUCCUAGACGCCGACGUCCCCGUCCCAGCUGUCUACAAAUCCCGCGGCCUCUACUCAACGCAAUUCCACCAUCUCCUCCAAUCUGCCGCCGCACGCCUCUCCAAUGCAAGCCCCAACCCCCAAAUCCAGAUUAUCACCACAUCCUACGACGCCGUCGGCGGCUUCCUUCCCCCCUUAGCAAGCCUCCGCACCACAGCCCGCACCCCCAACGGACCCAAAGCCCCCAACCCCCUUGCAACCGCCAUAGACGCCCUCCUAAUAACUGGCGCCGCCCCCGGCAUCUACGAGACAAAAGCCUACCCCUGGAUCAAACCCCUAGAAACCUACAUCCAAACCGUCUACACCCACUACCCGCACGUCAGAUUCUUUGGCUCCUGCUUUGGCCAUCAGAUCAUCGCCCAGGCCUUACUCUCCGCAUCGACCCCGCACCGUCCACCGGGCCCCGCACUAAAAGUCGAGAUAUGUCCUUCGGGCCGCGAAACGGGUCUUGCUGCUGUUAAUUUGUCGGAGGAGUUUGUGGAUGCGUUUCCGCGGCUCCGGGAAGGACUUCCGGGGGGGAAGAUGCGGUUGCAGAUGAUUCAUGGGGAUUGGGUGGUCCCUGAUUCUGGGCGUGAGGGAGAGGGAGAGGUGCCGCGGGGGUGGGUGAAUGUAGGACGGACGGGGUUGUGCGGGAUUCAGGGCUUGUAUUUUCCCGGUAGGGUUUUGACGUAUCAGGGGCAUUUUGAAUUUGAUGUUUUUGUCAACCGAGAGACGUGCUUGGCGUUUGGAGAGAGACUUGGGUGGCGGGAGGAGGUUGUGAGGGAGUAUGUGCGGUUGAUUGAGGAGGGGGCCGAGGGGGAUGAUUCGGAAAUUGCGGCGGAGGUGGUGGUGUUGUUUUUCGCUGGCUUGGAGGGGUGAUUGCGUGGAUGCCAUGGUAGUGGUAAAUGUGAUAUGCAUCUUUGAUGUAAUUAAUUAAUCUUGCAUUGACUACACCUAGAUAUACUGCUCCUAUGCGGAUGGAGUGCUGCGAGUGUAUUUAGUGCUCAAUCAAGGU